AACACGUUUGUGGCGCCCGUCUUCCGUUUACACACAGGUGUUUGAAGAUGCAGAUAGCUAAUUAGCACAGGUAAUCCACUCUGUCUUCCGUCUGUUUUCCGUUAACAAGCGCUGUAACCAGGAAAUAUGGCCGUGCAAGAACCGUAAGGGGCUUUGAUUGGCCUGUACAGCACAGCGGCAAAGCAUUGGGGAACAGGUGAUAAUUGCAAUGGUGAUGACACCACAGAUGACUCCAGCCAUGCAAUGACCAAUGUGAAACUGCUGGAGAUGAGGGCCAGCAAGUUGGAGGAGCAGGUCAGGGAGCUCACGGAAAGAUACAAAAGGGCCAUGGCUGACUCUGACAAUGUUCGAAAAAGAACUCAGAAGUUUGUCCAAGACGCCAAGCUUUUUGGGAUCCAGAGUUUCUGCCGUGAACUGGUUGAGGUGGCUGACCUGCUAGAGAAGACUACAGACAACCUGCAGGAAGAGGAGGGCCAGAGGCUGGCUCAGGUCCAGGACAGGCUGCAGGGGAUCUUCACAAAGCACGGCCUGAAUAAGAUGAGCCCUGUUGGGGAUAAAUACGACCCUUACCAGCAUGAGAUAGUGUGCCACACUCCUGCUGAGGGAGGGGAGCCCAGCACCGUUACUGUAGUGAAACAGGAUGGGUACAAGCUCCACGGACGCACCAUUCGUCAUGCCCAGGUGGGCAUCGCUGUGAUGAAGCAGGAACAGGACUAGGGCUUGUGCUAGUCUCUGCCCUCGCUGUAGUACUCUACUGUCUGCACCUUACAGUUCUUGCUUUGCAGCAAUUCUUUGUUUUCGAAUGAUUUUACUGUUUUAGUGGGUUGUUUCAAUUUGGUUAAGUUCUCAUUAUGUACAGUCAUGCAAAUAACAACUUAUUUAACCCGUUUUCUAUAUUCUACAAUCUGAAAAUAAUAUAGAUUGUGCCUAAUCAUGUGAAUGUGUUAGUGUUUUCCAUAAGUUCCGGUCGUCAGCUAAAUAGCCGAUAAGACUGAUUGUAAGCCGGCUACUUCAUAAACUAACUAGGCUUUUAAUUUAGAAGUUUCAAUUCGCUAGUCAGAAAAGUCUGUAUAGCCUUCUCCCACUUGAAUGAAUGACAUGCACCUUCUAGGGAUUUAUUGAUAGGACAGGUACUUGUCAGUCAAAAAGUGAGCAAUGACAGGGAAACUGAUGGUUUGUCCCUCUGCUGUCUGUCCCAGCUCUCAGUACCUAUUAUUUUUUGUAUACUGUGGUUGGCUGCAGUCUAAUCUUUUCACGGAGGAGGGAGAGCAUGAUGCUUAUUUUUCGUCUCCUGUGAGUGAAUUAACACGUCCCAUAUAAAGUGGUAACAAUGAGUUGAAAUCCACUUAUUGUUUUAUGGCACAUUCAUUUUUCUUUUGCGUGUUUCAUAGGCCAAUACAGCCACUGAGUGAGGCGCGUAGGCUGUUUACUGUGCUUUGAUUGACGACCGAAGUGUUUUACUAGUUUAUAAAAGGUGUCGAACUGACGGAAUAAAGUCAAUCUCCUAUAUCCCUUCACUAUUCAUAAAUAAUACAGGGUAGUUAUAUGUCCAUUGUAUCGCAUCGGGUCAAAGAAACAAAAUAUCUUGUUUUCUAUUUUUCCUAGGAUUCGUAGCCCAUGACAAGACUUGCCAGUGUAGGGUCUUUUUGAACGGAUCUGUUUGGUGAACGGAAACAAAUCGCUGCCUUUCUUUUGAUCCUAUCAGUAUCGACACAUGCUCCAACGUCACACUUGGCGAGUGUUCUUUCUGCGUGGUGUUUUGGGAAACGUUACAUCUUUGGUUAUUGUGGGAAAGAUGCAUAGUUAAAACACACGUAAGCCUUUUGUUCCUUUGGGAAACCGAGCCCUGGGAGGGAAAGUCAUUAAACUAUUAACGUAAUUUAGCUGUGUAUAUUGGAUUGAAUCGGGACAUUAGAAUGUACCAGAGGCCACCAAAAUAGAGCUUGUUUUGUCCAAAAAAAUCUCAGGGGGCAUGCCCACCUUGACCUCUCAGGCCCGAAUCUCCCUGGCUGGCUGCUUUUUCUAUUUGGCUGGCUACUCCAUGUACUUAUGGAAAACACUGGCGUUAGCUAUUUUACUAACAUUUAAAGAUAUGUAAAGGUACUUGAGGAUAUUGUUAUACUGCAUAUUUGCAUAAGACCUGGUUGAGGAAAAUAUUUUUGUUUACUAAUGUGAAUGGAAGAUAGGUUUCCUUUAAGGACCCCUUAUAAUACUGUGAACGUCUCUGGUUUCAGGUCCACAUUUCUCCCACAUUAUUAUGUGGACUGUGUACAUUUCUAGAGGUCACAUUAAUCACGUUGCACUUCGGAAUUGUUUUGUUUUUUCUGUAUGUGAGCAAGUAAGUAAUUAAGUUCUUGACGUUUGAGAUAAUCUGUGAUAUUAGAGGAUGGGAUGGUUACGUAGAAUGUGCUGUUACCUGUAAUUGUCCCUUAUGAUGAAGGUGGCACCUUUUACAUUGACAAUGUUGGGAUUUAUGUAUUUAUAUAGACAAAUGUUUAACAUUACCCACAGAGUAUUGUGUAUGAUGCAGCUACGAAAUAGGUUCAGUUAAAGCCACUUUUAAGAAGGAUCUUUGAGCCUUUUAAAACAUAGAUAGUAUGGAUAACAUUUAUAACAUCUAUCAAGUCAUUUUGCCUAUAAAUGAAGCAUCACACAUGUGUGGUUGAGAAGUUAUGGUGUUCUCUAACAAACUAUUUUGCUUUCAGACUACCACAGUACAUCACAUUAUUGCCUUAAUAAAUGUAUUGGAAAAAUA